UACUACACGCGUGCUCGAUUUUCGCGGUGUGCAGCGCAGCAGCAGCGGCAGUGGUCGACAUGGCGUUGCAAUUUACCCUAUGAAACGGUAGCCUUCCUGUGGUACAGUGUGAGCGAGUUGGGAGAUGCCGGUGAAGGUUCCCACGCGCGUGGUGGUGCAUCCAAUAGUGCUCCUGAGCGUGGUGGACCACUUCAACCGACUCAGGAAGAUAGGAAAUCAGAAGAGAGUGGUCGGGGUACUCCUGGGUAGCUGGAGGGCGAGCGGUGUUGUGGACGUUGCCACCAGCUAUGCAGUUCCAUUUGACGAGGACGAGCGAGAGCCAAGUGUGUGGUUUCUUGACCACAACUACCUCGAGAACAUGAACGCCAUGUUCAGAAAAGUCAAUGCUCGUGAGCACAUAGUGGGUUGGUACCACACCGGUCCGAAGCUACACCCAAACGACAUUGCCAUUCACGAACUGAUUGCCAAGUUCUGCGCAAAUCCGGUUCUGGUGAUAGUGGAUGCCAAGCCCAGGGAUCUUGGUCUACCAACUGACGCCUACUACUCAGUGGAAGAAGUGCACGACGAUGGUACACCGACCACCAAGACGUUUGAACACGUGGCCAGUGAGAUAGGAGCAGAGGAGGCGGAAGAGGUCGGAGUGGAGCACCUCCUCAGGUUACACUCCUUAACUAGCAGCAACCAUAUUUUUCUGCAGAAGCUCAGCGCAGUGUAUUCAGUUAGCCGAACAUGUUGCCAUACUAAUAUUGACGAGCUUUUAAUUUCGACAGUGUAGCAAAAGUGAGGCUUACACAUAACCGCCAUUGCCUUUUGCACCGACAGCAUGCAUCUUUACUUGCAAGAAUUGUGACUGUGUCCAUUUGUGCGUAUGUAUUUCAAGUGAACUGCACCACCGUGUAUGUACGAUGUGCAGGGACAUCCAGGACAAGACGGUUGGGACACUGAGCCAGAGAAUCAGCAGCCAGCUUCACUCCCUCCAGGGUCUCUUCAAACACCUCGAGCACAUCCGAGACUACCUCCAGAAGGUGGUGUCCGGAAAGCUGCCCAUGAACCACACGAUCCUCUACCAACUCCAAGACAUCUUCAACCUCCUCCCGAAUCUCCAUCUGGAGGAGUUUGCCACCGCGUUUGCCGUGAAGACAAACGACCAGCUUCUGCUGGUGUACCUCGCCUCUCUCAUUCGCUCCGUUCUCGCCCUCCACAACCUCAUAGGGAACAAGGUGUCCAACACCAAGGCAGAGAGGAAGGAUUCUAGCGGAGGAGAUAAGACGGCGAAGAAGGAAGUCACGGGAGAGGGUAAGGACGGGGAGAAAAAGUCGGGGAAGAAAGCCGGAGGCGAUAAACAGAGUGACGAGAAGACUAGUAGUAAAACGGGGGAUUCUGCAGCGGACAAAAAAGACUCUCGCGGGAAGUCUGCAAACUAGGGAAUCAUUACGUGCACUCACCACAUCCACAGAUGUAAUAUUGGUAAUCAUAAAUCAUGUUAGUUGCUGUAUAUCAUAUUAUUGUACAUUAUACACAUGAAGUCACUGGGCAUGUGGUUUCGCAUGUUGUUUGUGUGAAUCUUCAACACCACUGUGUUUAGUCCUUUUGCUCCUCUGGUAUAUAUACUGACAUUUUAC